AAGGCCCCUCGGCUCAAGCAACCGAGGGUAGGGCGUGGGGCGCGGAAAACUUCCGCGCCCGACGAUGACAUUCCGAUGUGAAGAGGACUACAUGUGGCUCCCAGCCUUCGGCGAGGACGAAAAGAACUGGCCCAAUGGUCUGCGCAUUGUGCUGUAUGUCCUAGGCCUCUUUUAUUGCUUCCUGGGAGUCGCCGUGGUUUCGGACAUCUUCAUGAACGCCAUCGAGAGGAUAACGUCUCAGAAGCGGCGUGUGAGGCUGAAGCGCACGGGCAAAGUAGUCACUCAGACGGUCUGGAACGACACCAUGGCCAAUCUCACCCUCAUGGCGCUAGGGUCCAGUGCUCCGGAGAUCUUGCUCAGCGUGAUUGAGAUCAUGAGCAACCAGAUGUACAUGGGCGAUCUAGGCUCGGGCACAGUGGUAGGCAGUGCGGCGUUCAACCUCCUUGUGAUCAGCGCAGUGUGCGUUUGCGCCAUUCCGGACGGAGAAGUGCGCUACAUCAAAGACACGGCCGUUUACGCCGUGACGGCGACCUUCUCCAUCUUCGCUUACGUGUGGCUGCUGCUGAUUCUCAUGGUCUUCUCGCCGGAUGUCUGCGAGGUUUGGGAGGGCGUAGUGACCUUUCUGCUGUUUCCCUUGCUCCUGAUUCUGGCCUUUGCAGCGGACAAGAGCUGGUGCAUGCCCAGUGAGAAGGUGGAAGUGGAGGAUAACUUCAUGAGUGCAAUCCCGGCGGACGUGACAAAGGAAGAGCUGGCAGAGAUCGAGCAGGGCAUACGCGAGGAGUACAACCACAAGAUCUCGGAUGAUCAGAUGGUUAGGAUCAUUCAGUGGAGAUACAUGGGACGGCCUUCCCGAGCCUUCUACCGGCACACAGCCAUGGAAGGUAUCAUCGGAGGUAAGAAGGCAGACAUGGGCCCCCACGCCAACCCGGUGAACUUUGUCACGGUGCCGCACAACACCGCAGAUGAGCUGAAGAAGGCCAAAGUGGUGGAACUGGGUUUCGCCACGGACCGCUACGCCUUUCUGGAGUCCUGCCACAUGGCGAAGCUGCAGCUUAUGCGCUGCGGCGUUGUGGACAAGGAGGUCAGCGUCCAGGUCACGUCGCGGGAGGGCACCGCGAAGGCAGAUUCGGAUUACAUCCCCGUGGACGAGGUUGUGACCUUUGCGCCGGGCGAGACUGUGAAAGACUUCUUUGUAGAGAUCAUCGACGAUGCAGCCUACGAGGAGGACGAGGAGUUCUACUUGGACCUUUCCCUUCCCAGGUGUAGCGGCGCGGAUGCGCAAAGCGAGGUGCAGGUGAGGACGAGACAGGGCCUGGGCACGGUCACCGUUGUCAUCGUGGAUGACGAUGAGCCGGGGAAGCUUCGUUUUCAGUCGGAGCAGAUCAUCGUGCAGGAGCACGAGGAAGAGACGAAGCUGCGGGUGGUGGUGGAGCGCUUUAACGGCGCCACGGGGGAAAUCGGAUGUCGCUACUACACGGAGGACAACACCGCAGUUGCGGGCUAUGACUACGAGGAAGCCACCGGCAGCCUGUCCUUUGACCACACGGUGCAGACGGCGACCAUCGAAAUUACCAUCAAACCCAAGGGGCGGUACGAGAACACCUCCUCCUUCCGAGUCUAUUUGGUGGACCCCUCGGGUGGCGCCAGUUUUGACGCCACCACCGACGGGGGCGCUGCCAGCUGCAUUUGCCACGUGGUGAUCAAGGCCGCGGAAGAGCGGAAGCAAACGCUGGACCGCAUCGCCAGCCAGAUCAACUGGAACAAGCACGCUUUGGGCUAUUCGAACUGGAAGGAGCAGUUCCGAAGCGCGAUUUUCAUGGCCGAGGACGAGGAUGACGAGGGCGCAGGCCCUUCGAAGCUUGACUACUUGAUGCAUUUCCUGGGUAUGCCAUGGAAGUUCAUUUUUGCCUUCAUUCCUCCGGUGGACUACUGCCAUGGCUGGGUGUGCUUCUUCCUCGCCCUGGGCAUGAUUGCAGUGCUUACCGCCAUUGUGGGAGAUUUGGCGAAUCUGGUCGGCUGCACUUUGAACAUCGGCCCGGAGAUCACGGCCAUCACCUUCGUGGCCUUGGGCACCUCGCUGCCGGACACCUUCGCCUCCAAGACCGCGGCGGUGAUGGAUCCCUACGCGGACGCCUCCCUGGGCAACGUCACGGGAUCCAACUCGGUGAAUGUCUUCCUGGGCCUUGGCAUGCCUUGGACCAUUGCGGCGGUGUAUUGGUCCACCCUGGGCGACGGCGAGGCUCUGAACGUGUGGAAAAGUAAGCUGGAGCCGGGCGGCGUGUACUACGGCGUCAGGUCUUCGGUCGAGGCGAUUAGCGACCUGGACCGUGCCGUCUUUGUCACACCUGCUGGCUCCCUGUGGUUUAACCUUUUGGUUUUCUCCUGCAACGCCCUGUGCGCCAUCCUCCUCUUGUACUUGCGGAGGAGGAAGUUCGGGGGAGAGCUGGGCGGCCCCAGGCGUUGGCAAUAUGCCAGUGCGGCUUUUCUGGGGUUUCAGUGGCUGGUGUACAUCGGCGCCUCUUCCGCCUGGGCCUCCCUCCAAUGAGGCGAACAGGUCCAGGUGUCACAUACAAAGGCCGGGUGGCCGACGGUUCUGGGCACCCUUUCCGGGGCCGGGUCUUCGCAAGUCUUGUUGUGGAG